GGUUUCGAGGCUGAACUAAUGAAGCACGUCGGUUUCGGAUGUGAAGGCAUGGAGUUGGGACCUGAUGCCAAACCUCGUGUUCGUGGAGCAACGGACAUCUCGUGCAAUUCCAAUUCGGUCACACUCACUGUGAGAACGCAACGUCCGAUGCAUGGGCAUGCCUACGCUGAUCAUUUCCACAACAGUCCUCAGUGCACUUUGGUGGGUGACCACGAACAGAACCGCACUUGA